GUCGUAGGGGAGGGGAGGCAGCCCAGCAGCGGAGCGAGACGGACGAGCGCCACCGCCUCCCCACCAGAAAGCGGCGCGGCAAAAGGGACUGAAACCCUAAUCCCCGCGCGCCACCGCCUCUCUCUCUCUCUCCCGGCGCCCAGAUCCGGCCCUCGCCCGCGAUGGCCGAGGCUCCGGCGGCGAGCCGCAGGGCGGAGGAGGCGGGGAGCCGGCGCCGCGCGGAGGAGGAGGCGGAGGCGGCGGCCGCCGCCGACGGGGACGGGGACAGCAGCGUCUACACCUCCGAGGACGAGGGCACGGAGGACUACCGCCGCGGCGGCUACCACGCCGUCCGCCCCGGCGACACCUUCAAGCAGGGCGCCUACGUCGUGCAGUCCAAGCUCGGCUGGGGCCACUUCUCCACCGUCUGGCUCGCCUGGGACACCGCCCACUCCAGGUAUGUGGCCCUCAAGGUGCAGAAGAGUGCACAGCACUACACGGAGGCUGCCAUGGAUGAGAUCAAGAUCUUGAGGCAGAUUGCCGAUGGCGACCCUGAAGACUCCCGCUGUGUUGUGAAGCUUCUUGACCACUUCAAGCACUCGGGCCCCAACGGGAGCCAUGUCUGCAUGGUGUUUGAGUUUCUUGGUGAUAACUUGCUCACCCUGAUCAAGUACACUGACUAUCGUGGUAUUCCGCUUCCAAUGGUUAAGGAGAUAUGCCGGCAUGUGCUCAUUGGCCUUGACUACCUCCACCGCGAGCUUUCCAUUAUCCACACUGACCUGAAGCCUGAGAAUAUAUUGCUCGUGUCCACCAUUGACCCCUCGAAGGAUCCCCGGAAGUCAGGUGUGCCACUGGUGCCCCCUGCUGCAAGGGCCAUCGAGCCACCUCCAAGGGCACCUGCUGCACCAUCAGUAAGUAGUGGCCUCACCAGGAACCAAAAGAAGAAGAUCCGGAAGAAAGCCAAACGUGUAGCUGCUUCAACUUCAGAAGGCAAUGGGGCAGUGGCAUCCGCUGACACGGACGAAUCAGAUGACAAGGGAGAUCUGAGUACAGCAAAUGAGGGCAGUCCUAGCGAGGAUGGGGACAGGAAGAGAGGAGGGGGGCCUAGGCGGGGCAGCAAAGGGACUAGGAAGAGAAUGGCGAUGGAAGCUGAACUAAGCUGCAAGCUGGUGGACUUUGGAAAUGCAUGUUGGACGUACAAGCAGUUCACAAGUGAUAUCCAGACAAGGCAAUACAGAUGUCCCGAGGUCCUUCUGGGCUCCAAGUACUCUACAUCUGCCGACCUGUGGUCCUUUGCAUGCAUAUGCUUUGAACUUGCCUCAGGAGAUGUGCUCUUUGAUCCGCAUAGUGGAGAUAACUUUGACAGGGAUGAGCAGGAUCACCUUGCGCUGAUGAUGGAGCUACUUGGAAUGAUGCCUCGAAAGAUUGCCUUGGGUGGCCGAUAUUCACGUGACUACUUCAAUCGUUACGGGGACUUGAGGCACAUCCGUCGCUUGCGGUUCUGGCCUCUCAGCAAGGUGCUUGUUGAGAAGUAUGAAUUCNNCGACAUAGAUGCCAUUGCCAUGUCAGACUUUCUCGUCCCAAUACUUGAUUUUGUUCCCGAGAAGCGUCCGACAGCUGCUCAGUUGCUUCAGCACCCAUGGUUUGAUGCUGGACCCCUUCGACGGCAGCCCAGAGCGCUGGCGGACACGGCUGAGAAUCCAGUUGAUGGCGCUCCAGAGAACAAAGGCAAAGAGAAAGAUGAUGAAAGAGAUGCAAUGGCUGCGGAGCUGGGGAACAUCGCCAUAGAUGGCGCUUCUUCAUCCAAGACAGCGAAGGAUCCCCAAGCAGGUUCCAAGCAAAAGAUUGCAAAUGGUACGCCUUCUAAGAAGUGAGGUGCCAUUCGGUCUACAAGAGUCGGUUUUGGGUUAAGAUUGCUCCAUGAGUGGGAAAUGAGUGCUCGUUAGGUUUGUGAUGUGUUAGGAUAUCCACCCAUGCGAAAAAGAGUAGUAGGCCAGACAUGUGUUGUAUGAGGUUGGUCGAACAGGAUUAGAUUUGUUGGGGUUGAUGCGGCCCCUGACCUUUUUCACGGACAUAUUCUUUUGUACUAUCAGCAUCUGCAAUUUUUUUUGAAGUUGUUUAGGAGUGAA